AUGCAGAGUUGCCUCGGGUACCCCCUGAGCAUCUUCUUCAUCGUCAUCAAUGAGUUCUGCGAGAGGUUCUCCUACUAUGGCAUGCGAGCUCUGCUUAUCCUGUACUUCCGGAACUUCCUCCUCUGGGACGACAACCUGUCCACGGCCAUCUACCACACCUUCGUGGCCCUGUGCUACCUGACGCCCAUCCUCGGGGCCCUCAUUGCCGACUCCUGGCUGGGGAAGUUCAUGACAAUCGUGUCACUCUCCAUCGUCUACACCAUCGGACAGGCCGUCACGGCGGUCAGCUCCAUCAUCGACCUCACUGGCACGACCAAUAAUCAGCCUAACAACCUUAACGUGCACGUGGCCCUCUCCAUGAUCGGCCUGAUCCUCAUCGCUCUCGGGACGGGCGGCAUCAAGCCCUGCGUGUCGGCCUUUGGUGGGGACCAGUUUGAAGAGGGCCAGGAGAAGCAGAGGAAUCGGUUCUUUUCCAUCUUCUACUUGGCCAUCAACGCCGGGAGCCUGCUGUCCACCAUCAUCACCCCCAUGCUCAGAGUUCAAAUGUGCGGGAUCCACACUGAGCAGGCCUGCUACCCGCUGGCGUUCGGGGUGCCCGCGGCUCUCAUGGCCGUGUCUCUGAUCGUGUUUGUGGUCGGCAGCCCCUUGUACAAGAAGACGCAGCCCCAGGGCAACAUCAUGGGCAAGGUCGUCAAGUGCAUCGGCUUUGCCAUCAAAAACAGGUUCCGGCAUCGGAGCAAGCAGCACCCCAAGAGAGAGCACUGGCUGGACUGGGCUUCAGAGAAAUACGACGAGCGGCUCAUCUGCCAGAUCAAGAUGGUCACCAGGGUGAUGUUCCUGUACAUCCCCCUCCCCAUGUUCUGGGCCCUGUUCGACCAGCAGGGCUCCCGGUGGACACUGCAGGCAACGACCAUGAGCGGCACAAUGGGCGCGAUUCAGAUCCAGCCAGACCAGAUGCAGACUGUCAACGCCAUCCUCAUCGUCAUCAUGGUGCCCAUCAUGGAUGCCGUGGUGUACCCCCUGAUCGCAAAAUGUGGCAUCAAUUUCACCUCCCUGAGGAAGAUGACGGUGGGGAUGUUCCUGGCCGCCAUGGCCUUCGUGGCGGCGGCCAUCGUGCAAGUGCAAAUCGAUAAAACACUGCCGGACUUCCCGUCCGCCAACCAAGUCCAGGUGAAGGUGCUGAACACCCACUCGGAGUCCUUGAACAUCAUCUUCCCCACAGGAUCGAAAGAGAUUGGCCCAUUCAGAGAACUCGAUUAUCAGACUUCUGACGCGGACAAGAUGACCCUCAGCAUCGCAAGUACCAACAACACCAUACUCACGCCUGUUACUCAGGAGUUCGAGAAGGGCCAGCGCCAUACUCUCGUGGUUUGGAGCCCCCCCAACACUUACCUUCUGAUCAAGGAUGGCCUGACCCAGAAGCCAGAAAAAGGAGAGAAUGGAAUCAGGUUCAUCAAUGCGUAUGGAGGUGACCUGACCGUCGUCAUGGACUCCAAGACCUUUGCCAACAUCAUCUAUCGAAACAGCAGCGAGUAUCAGUUUUUCCCCUCGGGCGUGAAAGAUAUCACACUGAACUCGACGGAGAUUCCAGCUGGUUGUAAGAUCGACUUCAAGUCUCUCGACCUCGGAUUUGGCAGCGCCUACACCUACGUGAUCUCCAAGGAUGCGAACGACUGCCCGAAUCUGACGGAGUUCAGAGACAUCGCCCCGAACUCGGUGAACAUGGCACUGCAGAUCCCGCAGUACUUCCUGCUGACCUGCGGGGAGGUGGUCUUCUCCGUGACCGGGCUGGAGUUCUCCUACUCGCAGGCACCUUCCAACAUGAAGUCCGUGCUGCAGGCCGGCUGGCUGCUGACCGUGGCCGUGGGCAACAUCAUCGUGCUCAUCGUGGCGGGGGCCGGCCAGUUCAGCGAGCAGUGGGCCGAGUACGUCCUGUUCGCCGGCCUACUGCUAGUCGUCUGCGUGAUCUUCGCCAUCAUGGCACGGUUCUACACCUACAUCAACCCUGCAGAGAUUGAGGCUCAGUUCGACGAGGACGAGAAGAAAAAGGACUUGGGUGCCGGGGCCGCGUCCCCCACCGCCCCAACCCUCACCCAGACGAGUUUGUGA